UGAAACACCCGUCCCUCCCCAUUUCCAACCGGGGUUCCAGGGCGCGGGGUUUAGGACACACAUGACUACUUUUCCGACAUCUCCGUGUGUCCCGUUUCUGGUCCCAUGAGUUUCAGGUUGGGAACAGGUGAAAGAGUAAAGGAGAGAGUUUCAGGAAGUCUGAUGCUGUUUCGAAGGAUUCAACGUGGAACAGUCAUUUAGAACAACCCAAGGGUUGCUCCCGAAGAGAUCAAGCAUUAGACUGCUCCCGCUCAUUAAGGAAACUUCCUAUUCUGGAGUUUGCCCUAGUUUCGACUUUCUCUUUCUCUUAUUCUCCUAUCACCAGCGCCUCCCUAUAAAAGGGGAGGCUAUCGUUUUCUUAAAGGACACACGAGUUUUACAAGAAACCUAGAUUACUCUUUUGGAUUUUUACGCAACUUGUAAGGGAGAAGGCUCCAUCUCUCAUUCUCACGAGAAGAUUACCCUGAACCCUUUGUCUUUUUACUUAUUUUAUAUGCAGUAUUAUUCAGGAAUCUUGCUUGUGUCAUCCUGCUUUAUGAUUGAGUAGUAGGCAAAGCUUGCUUAGGGUUGUAGGGUGUUAGCCGCAUGAACUGAACACAAAUAAGUGAUCUCAACUAUCUUCAUUCAUAUUGAUCUUACUGCCUGCAUUGAACUGAUCACUUAAUGUUGGAUCUAUGAUUUAGUCCUCUAGCUAACCGUUAGGAGAUAAGUCGACCUAUAUUGAAUGAGCUUAGUAUCCCUAAUCAGCGAGAGUAGAUAUUAGGGUAUUAAGUGAACUAAUCAGAUCUCGCAUCUAAAGCUUGCUUUCGCGUCUUGUUCCAAGCGAGAGCUUAGGAUUCAAGACCGACUCGCAUAGGGAAUAAGAUCACGAUAGUGAGUUGUUCCAGCUGAGUGAUCUGAGUUCUAGAUCGCAUUUUAUCGCACUUGAAUAGUUGUUCAGUUCUGCAAGUAACAUCCGAUUAUUGACCCUAAGCCAGCUUCAUUUAAAUUGAAUUCAAAUUACCUAGGCAUUCUUGUUACUUUUGUCGCAAUUAAUUCUCAAAACCCACUUGUUUCUCAGCUUGACAUUGAACUCAUAAGAGUAAAGAGUAAACUGGUCCUCUGGAUUGAAUCUCAAAUAUUACAAUUACCACUGUUAACUUGACAGUAGCAAGGAUUCAUUUUUAGUGUAUCAAGUUUUGGCGCCGUUGCGACGGGGACUAAGCUUUUACCUUUAUUUUUCAGUUUAAUAUUUAGUCUGAGAUAUCUAACUUGCUUUACUUCUUUGUUGGAACAUAUGAUCCAAGUGCAUGACCAGUAGACAUACUCGGAGCAACGCACAAGGACCACUACAUCAGCUGACUAACGAAGAACUCGCAAGAUUAGAAAGACAGAACCGUCAACAGCCAAGAACAACCGACACCAACAUGGGUGAUCAUGGCAAUAUGGAUGACCUCACUGCUGCAUUGGCACUCAUUCAACAACAAAUGCAGAAUCAGCAACAGCAGAUGCAGCAGAUGCAGCAAACCAUCCAGAAUCAGCAACAAGCUGCACAAGAGCAAGCAGCCGAGAACGCUGCGCGAGAGGAGCGUGGUGCUCUUAUUGGGGAGCGAAACCUUCCGAGGAAUUUUGCUACUAACCGCUCCCCCAUCAACCCUCCACCCUGUACUCGACAGGAUUAUGAGAUCAAACCUGCACUGAUUGGUCUGGUACAGAAGAGCACAUUCAGUGGCCUCACUUCAGACAUACCAAUAGAUCACAUAGAGGCCUUUGAGAGGAUCUGCAAUUUCUCUCGCUCAAAUGGAGUGCCACCGGAUUACGUCAAGUGCACGCUGUUCCCAUUUUGUCUUGAAGGGAAAGCUGCACGUUGGCUGCAAUCUCUCCCAACCGGUUCUCUAACCUCAUGGGAUCAGGUUCGAUCAGCAUUCCUGAGCUACUUCUACACAAAGUCCAAAACCGCGGCUCUAAGGCAUAGAAUCUCCAACUUCAAGCAGAAAUCUGAUGAACCCUUUUAUGAAGCUUGGGAGAGGUAUAAAGAGUACCAGAGGGAAUGUCCACACCACGGGUUUGAUGACGAUUACAUAUUGGAGGUGUUCUACGAUGGAGUGAGCUAUGAGUACAGGAACACCCUUGAUUCCUCUAGUAACGGAGACUUCAUGACUCAGACCACCCCUGGUGCAUUCGCGUUGAUUGAGAACAUGGCUUCCAGUUCACUCAACAAGAACAAGGAGCAUGAUCGCUCCAAAAGUGUGAACAGCAUAGACGAUUUAGCGGCGAAGGUGGACCAACUGCUGAAGGGAAACCAGAGCCAGGUCUUCAUAAUGGAAAAAGCAACUCCUGAGAAGAGUGCGGGGGACAAGGCGUUUGAAGCUGAGCAGGCAGGAGACGAUCAGCAGGAAGUGAGUUACGUAAAUGGACAAGGGUGGCAGCUGAAGAAUUAUCACCCAAACCCUAACGUAAGGAACAAUCCACAACUUUUCUGGCCUAAGCAGGACAAACAAGUUGAUCCGGCGCAGAACAACCAGGGCCAGUAUUCGGGAUAUCAGAAGAACUAUCAACCCCGAACAUAUGUUCUAAGCCAACCGCAGAGCAAUCAGCCUCAAAUACAGAACCACCAGAACACUCAAGUCGCUACCUCCACCCCUGUCGCUGUUCCGCAAGAUGAAACUAAAACCAUGCUGCAGCAACUCCUCCAAGGACAACAGCUCCAAGGGAAAGCGCUGAACCAGGUCACUACCGAGAUCAAUACUAGGAUGAACCAUAUGUUCGGAGACCUGAGCACCAAAUAUGAUAAUGUCGCAAGCCAUAUGAGACAGAUGGACAUUCAGAUAGCUCAGACUGCCGAGAGUGUCAAGAGACAGCAAGGUACUCUACCUGGUAAAACAGACAAAAACCCCAAGGAGUGCAAUGCGGUUCAGCUAAGAAGCGGGAAGCAACUUUCCGAGCCAGAAAGGAGAAGGUUCACCGCGGCUGAGAAAGGCAAGCAGAAAGAGUCAGAGCAACCACCAGCCGACCAAGCAGAUGAGGGGAAUACAGAGCCGGUAGUUGAAACAGCCUCGCCACGCUCAGAACAACCGGCUGAAGCAGUGCGCCCGAUUCCAGAGGCUGUUCCUCCUCGCGAAUACAUUCCAAAAGUCCCUUACCCUGUUCCAGCGAAGGUCACUCGUAAGGACAAGGAGGAAAUAAAAUGCAGGAAGAUGCUGGAAGAUCUAACCGUCCGACUUCCCCUGAUGGAUGCGAUUCAGAUGAUGCCCUCCAUGCGUAGCUUUAUGAAGGGGUUGAUCUCAGGGAAAAUAUCAGACGAGAGCGAGUUCAUGACAGUUUCCAAGGAGUGCAGCGCAGUGCUUCAGAACAGGCAAAUAAAAAAACGAGGAGAUCCCGGCAAAUUUGUCCUCUCUAUCCAGAUUGGGAAGACAGUUUUCGCCUGCUCCUUGGUGGAUCUUGGGUCUAGCGUGAAUCUCAUACCCUACUCUGUAGCUUUACGACUCGGAUACACGCACUUCAAACCAACCAAGAUGUCCUUGGUUUUCGCAGACAGAUCAGUCAAAUCUCCUGUUGGUAUUCUAGAGGAUCUCCAAGUGAAAGUAGGGAACACCACUGUUCCAGCAGACUUCGUUGUUCUGGAAUUGGAAGAAGAGUCUAAGGACCCCUCAUCUUGGGAAGACCAUUCUUAUGUACUGUCGGAGCUAUCAUUGAUGUGCAACAGGGAAAGAUUGAUCUGAAUCUUGGGGACAUAGUUAUGCAAUUCGAAAUGGAUGAGUUGCUAAAGAAGCCGAUGUUGGAUGGACAAACCUUUGAGGUCAGUGAAGGGGUUGAUCCGCUCCAACCACAAGAAGGAAUGAUCGAGGAGAUUCUUACCGAAGACCCACUGGAACUUGCACUGAUGCGUGUUGAAGCCGAGCAGAGUAUGGUGAACAUUGAUGCUGAUGAAUAUGCCAAGAUGCUUGACUCCGCAAGGAGUAUGGG